GGGCGACACUACCCCGGGGAGGCACGGGCACGUACAGGGAAGGGGCAGGGCGGAGGUUCAUUGAGAGUGUGGGCGGCACGCGUGGGCGCGAUGCUUAUAAAGCCCCCCGGAGCUCCCGCCUCGCAUAGUCGUGCCCUACUCGCGAACCGAGUAACAACGGAAAGUGAUAAAAAGUGCAACAUGCAGAUCCCGAGCAUAAGAUCGUGGGCUUUCGUGGUUGGUUGUUUUACCGUGCAAUGUGGAGCCUAUUCGGGAUGGCCUAUGUACCCGCAACAAUCCCACGAAUAUCAAGACGAUGAUUACUAUUACGCACCGAAAGUACAAUACUAUUACGAUAAUCCCACAGUAAACGCGCCCGAGGUAUAUGGGCAAGUUCCUUAUCCGUACUUCUAUGAUCCAUACGGACAUUUUACAAAUGAGGCUCCGAAGAGGCAAGAGGAGAGGUUCGCUGCUCUCCCGAUCGGACAAGAAACAUGGUUUGAAAGUGAUGCCUCACCUCACUGGCGCCCCAAUGACGUGGACGAUGUGAGCGCGGCUUUCCUGGACAACUUGAUCCUCACACAAAUGGCCCAGGACGCCCAGAGGCGGCGCGAGAAUGCCCGAGCGGCCUUCCCCACAGUCGACUACGAAGAGCGGCACGUCGAAGAUGAAGAUGUUCGUGAACUCAAGGCGUUGGCGGGCAAACCACUCUACCACGUUCCGAAAACAGUUCCUAAAAUCGAAGAAGAAGAUGACUACCCUAACGAUGAAGGCUUCAUCAACUGGGACGGCGGCAACAAGAGAAGCGUCACUACUACCGCGCCAGUAACGACAACCACGGCGAAGGUUGGACAGGCGGAGAUCAUGGUGCCGCGGCCCGCGAACACCUACAAACACCAGAGCGACGAAAACAAAAGGGCAUCGGCAUUCUACGGCAGACUCGCGAAACUGUUGCAGAAAGAAAAGGAGUCAAUACACACACAAUCUGAGGACUCGGCAAAAUCGCGAAAAAUCAACAAGCGUUUCGUGGCGGGAGAUUCCGAUCUUGUCAUGGAGCUGCGAGGCCUCAAGCACCGCAUACCAACUUAAAGAAAUUCUCCUGACUAUCGCCAACAAUUAUGAGACUGAGUAAUUUGUAGCUUAAUAGGUAUCUAUUGCAACGACCUGGACGGACAGUCCCGGGCCUACGAUCAAAAUGACAAAAAAAACUUAGAGUUUGGUCAUAUCCAUUACUUAAAGGCAUCUUAUUGGAAUUAUUAUAAUUAGUAAACAUGUCCUGUUGUCCACUUCUGGCGAAAUAUCAAAGUCCUAUGUAUCAUCUUCUGAGUAGUCAAAUAAUUUUUCGAUUGUUUACUACGAUGGUAUAUAACUAACAUAAACUAACGUGUAAUAUGGGUGUUAAUAAUCGUACAAAAUGUGACUAUAAUCUCCAAAAAAAUUGUCGAUGGUAUAAUUAUGCGCUAAAGGAUGUCGACGAAAUGUUGCUCCUUCGAGUGGCAGCUAAUCAAUUCGCACAAGUGUGCAUUUGUAAAUACCUGUACUGAUUAUAUUUAAGACUUAUUAUUAUUUAGAUAGAAAUACUAAAUACGUUAUUAAUGAUGUUUGUAGAAUAUCUGCGCUAUUAUAUCUGGAGCUAAGCUAGGGUUCUGGAAAAAAGAGAGACAUAGUUAACUCCUAAGCUCUUUUGGAGGGAAUGAAAAUAAUUGCUAUUGUAUUUUAUAUAGAUCUCUAUAAGAAAUCUUGUCUUGUUUUAAGUCGUAUUGAACAGUUUUUAAAUCUGACAUUUCUUGGCCUAAUGUUGAGGGUAGAAUAAGUAGAUUCUUUAUACUUUUACACGAGUGCUAAUUCAUUCAACUUACAAUGUCUAGACAAUACCACUAAAUAUUUUGCAAAGCAAAAACAUUAACACAUAGUUCUUAUCUAUCUGUGUAAGAAUGUUCUCUAAAGAGGGGAGGAUGAGUGAUAUCGUUAGCUUUACGGCUUUACAUUACCAGGUCUGUAAGACCUUUUAUUGAAUCAAUAGAGUAUAAUAUUGCGUCCUCGUUUCUAUUCAAGCAAAUUAGCUUUUUUACGAAUAAAUGCUCCUUUGUCAUUCUUAAAAGACGCGGAAAACGUUUGGUUUUUCUGUACGCUCGUACUUUCAUACAGUAUGUGGACGUAGAUAUCUCUGUAAACUAAAACAUAUCUGUUUAUAUAUUUACUUUCCAGUAUUAAAGGAUGGUCUUCGAUUUAAAGGAUCGUUAGUAUAUUAAUUUUACAAACAAUUAAACGAAAAUUAAUAAAUAUAAACAAAAUCGUCGUUGAGGGCAUUUUUAGAAAAUAUUUGAUUUGAUUUUGAAACCAGUGCGAUGUUCAGAUCAAAAUGUUAACUUUAAAAACGGUUCAAAAAUAAUGGAGUUAGUAUAUACUAACGAUCCUUUGUGACUCCAAACAUAGGUAAGGUCAACAGUUAAUUGUGACCAUGGGGCAAAUGUACAAUUUCUUUAUAAGACAAGUAGCUGGGAAAUAAUGGCAGUUGUAGGUGUUAAUUGCAUAUUAUAGACAUUGAGGUGCAUGUAAUAUUUUAAUUGUAGAAAAACGCAUCUGCCCCAUAGUUGCAAUUAUCCCGAUUGAUAACAAUUAAGUAGCGAUCUAUAAAGUAUUACAAUAAAUAAACAUGUGCAAAAUGUAAAUAGUUAGGCAUUUACUGAAUUAAAAUCUUAAUGUUACUAGCCGUUACAGUAUGAAUGUUUGACUAGGUUCUUUUGAGAUCAUAAUUUAUCUCUUGUUUAUAGCAUGGUAUUUUAUAAAAACUGUUUAAAAUCAUAGUGCCUAAGAACAUGUUACUAUUUCAAUAGUAUGUCCAGUUGAAUGGUAAAAUAAAAUAGACGCUGUUUGAGAACGUCCCGCUUAAUGUAAAUAGGUAAGUGCACGGAAAAUUAUAAAAAUGCCUAUCAAUUUAUAUUUUAUAGAAACAUACUUUGGUGAAAUAGAAAGUUUUAUUUUAAUUACAUAUUACAUAUAGUAGAAAUUAACAUAAAAUGUACCUAUGGACAAAAGUCCUAAACUUAGAGAGUUAUUUAAAGAAGUUGUGUAAAAAAAAAACUGGGAAUUAAAUCAUUACAUGAAUAUAAACUGAA